CUGUUGGGCGUUGCAAUUUUUGAGUUUGGAAAGGGCCUUCUGUGACUAUGGAUUCUAUUGGAAUGACCCAACUCAUCUCUCCAACAAGAAUUCGGUCCGAUCUCUACUCCUUUGACAGUGCAGAACAAUCAUGGCCGCCCUCAACUCCCUGCGUGCUCUCUGUUUUAUCAUCGCUUUUGGAGAGAGUUGUGGGGAGGAAUGAUAUAUUUACUGUGUCAAAUAGCUUCACUUUCAGCCCACCUAAAUACGAGGUGUUCAAUGGAGUGGAGGUGCCAGACAUGAGCAUACAACAUUACUUGGAGAGGAUUUUCAGAUACAUUCACUGCAGUCCUUCGGUGUUUGUGGUGGCAUAUGCAUAUAUUGACCGUCUAAUUCAAUUCCAUCCACAAUUCAAGAUUAGCUCUCAGAAUGUGCAUAGACUCAUCAUUGUCACUGUCAUGGUCGCCUCCAAGUUCGUCGAAGAAAUUAACUACAAGAACUCGUACUAUGCCAAAGUAGGAGGGUUCAGCAAAGAAGAAAUAAAUAGAUUAGAGAUGGAUUUUCUUUUUCUUCUUGGCUUCAAAUUGCAAGUAACAGUAAAUGUUUUCGAAAGCUAUUGUUGUCAUCUCGAGAGGGAAGUUGCAAUGGGUGGAGGAUUCCAAAUCGAGAGAAGCCUUCGUUUAUCUUGUGCAAAAGAUGAAACUUGUGGGCCAAAUUCUAAAUUCGGGAUGGCUGUCUAUGGCUUAUCGCCCUCCAGUCAUAACAGAAACAGAAGAGUUUAAGCAGUCGAUGAAUUGUAUUAUCGAUUUUACUCGAAGCAAAAUCAAUGAUGAGGCGAAUGUAUUCAUUUGUAUGCGCAUCUUAAGCGUGUGAGUAAACCUUUUUGCUUAUAAGGUGCAGAUCAUCAAAACUUUUGAAAUGCCAUGGGCAGCCUGUUUGGUUGAAGCCGCAAAG